AUUUCUAUUUCUCUGGAUUUUAUAAAGGUUCUACAAUGUGUGUUAUUCAUAUCAUCACACACAUAAAAAAUGAUUUAUGUGAGUUCAUUUGUAGGUUGCCUAUGCAAAUCGGGUUGAUUUGCAUGAGAAAUGACUAUGAAUCCAAGCAUAAUUGACAGACACAAUGUACGUUCCAAGGAAAUGUACAGCCGUAUGAAACGUAAAGCAUGAAGGAGGCUUCAUUCACACCCUCAGUAGCUUGGGUUGGUUUCUAGAGCGACAAGCAAUCGCUCGUGCUAUGAAGUUAGGACCACUUGCCAACUAACUGGGAGCCUUGGAACAGUUAAGCCUGAAGGGGUAACCAAGCAAAAAGAGGCCUUUCGCCACGAGGCAGUUGGGUUUUUUAAGGCUGCAGUUGAUGAAAACGUGAUUAGAGGGUGCCUUAGAUCAGGGGGGUUCUUAAAAACAGAGCCUGAGGCAGGGAUUCUUGCUCAGUGAUGGGAUGAACUCUCUGAGAGACUGGGGAGGGAGUGAAGCAUGAGAAACUCCGCAGCACAAAUUGUACCAGAGGUGGCUUCACCUUGAGGCGAAAGGGCCAGUCCCCGCCCUCUGUCAGUCAGUCACGGGCAGGAGGGCACGGGAUGCUCCAGUCAACGAAGGGCAAUUUUGCGGAGACGCAGGCACCUGUGAGCCCUCAGCAGCCCAUCCUUGGAGCAGCGGAAGGAUGGGGUUCCAGCCAGGCAUGAUUUAGUUGGUAGUUCUAGGUAAUCGUGAGCUGAUUGCAGCGUGGGUCGGGGCCAUGUGCGGGAGUAGGUGACACUGGAGACACCAAUGGUGGUGGCAUCCUUGGGGUGGAGAGGAAGGCUAUGGGCCAGCUAGCUAAGAACUCUUCGGUGGCUGUGGGGGCCGUGACCAAGAAGGCCAGGGAUGACAGAGAGGAAGAGGCGGAGCCAGGCUGUCUGAUGGUCAGAUCAGCAGUGAUUUUUACCCAAGGAAGAAGGAGAAAUGCAUGAGCCCAAACCUGACAACUCAUUGGACCCCUGCAGGCCCUGGCUGACCAGGUCGGGAGGUCUGCCUACAACAAGGACUGUAACCACCCCAGCAAGGGGUGCCCUGAGGCCAUACUGUCUGAUAUCCAAGGCAGGGAAGCGUGGAAGUUCUACAAAGACAGUGGAGGCCCCUAGCGUAGAAACAGCACGAGCUUUGAAGUGAGACGCCUGAGUCUGAAUUCCAGCGUGAGCCUCAGCUUUUCCAUCGGGAGUGCGGUGAAGAUUGAAUGAGCUGAUAACGAAGGGUGUAGAGCGCUUGGUAUAGCACUUGGCCGGUGGGAAAGUCCACGAAUGGCCUCCGCAGGUCCAGAGCCUCAGGCCGGAGAGCCUCCUGCUAGUGUCCACCCUGGAUGGAAGUCUCCACGCACUGAGCAAGCAGACGGGGGACUUGAAGUGGACGCUGAAGGAUGAUCCCAUCCUCCAAGGGCCAAUGUAUGUCACCGAGACAGCCUUUCUCUCAGACCCAGCCGAUGGCAGCCUAUACGUCUUGGGGACCCAGAAACAGCAGGGAUUGAUGAGGCUGCCAUUUACCAUCCCCGAGCUGGUUCAUGCCUCCCCGUGUCGCAGCUCUGAUGGCGUCUUCUACACGGGCCGGAAGCAGGAUGCCUGGUUUGUGGUGGACCCUGAGUCGGGAGAGACGCAGACGACGCUGACCACAGAGGGUCCCUCUACCCCCCGCCUCUACAUCGGCCGAACGCAGUACACGGUCACCAUGCAUGACCCCAAGUCCCCGGCCCUGCGCUGGAACACCACCUACCGCCGCUACUCGGCACCCCCCAUGGAUGGCUUGCCUGGGAAAUACAUGAGCCACCUGGCAUCCUGUGGGAUGGGCCUGCUGCUAACCGUGGACCCAGGAAGUGGGGCGGUGCUGUGGACACAGGACUUGGGCAUGCCCGUGAUGGGAAUCUACACCUGGUACCAGGACAGCCUGCGUCAGCUGCCCCAUCUCACGCUGGCUCGGGACACCUUGCAUUUCCUCGCCCUCCGCUGGGGCCACAUCCGACUGCCUGCCUCAGGCGCCCAGGACACGGCUACCUACUUCUCCGCCUUGGACACCCAGCUUCUGAUGACACUGUAUGUGGGGAAGGAUGAAGCUGGCUUCUAUGUUUCUCAAGCACUGGUUCACACAGGGGUGGCGCUAGUGCCUCGUGGACUGACCCUGGCCCCCGUGGAUGGCCCCACCACAGAUGAAGUGACACUCCAAGUCUCAGGCGAGCGAGAGGGCUCACCUAGCACGGCUGUCAGAUACCCCUCAGGCAGUGUGGCCCUCCCUAGCCAGUGGCUGCUCAUUGGACACCACGAACCACCCCCAGUCCUGCAUACCACCAUGCUGAGGGUACAUCCCACCCCAAGGAGUGGCACUGUUGAGAACAGACUCUCAGAGAGCACGCAGCCUCCAGCCCUCUUCCCGGAGCUCCUGAGCCUGAGCCGUGAGAAACCUUGGAGCCCGGAGCUGCAUCCUGAAGAGAAAACCCCAGACCUGUAUCCAGGGCUGGGACCCCAAGACCUGUUGGCAGCUAGCCUCACUGCUGUCCUCCUGGGAGGGUGGAUUAUCUUCCUAAUGAGGCAGCAGCAGCAGCUGGUGGAGAAGCAGCAGCAGGCCCUCCUGGCACCUGCAGACCCUCCUCACAUCACACAGCGUGCUCAGCCCCAGCCACCAGGGGCCACCCCACAGGGCCAGAAGGGCCUUCGAAGCCCCUCAGAGCAAGCCCAGGCAGUCGAAGACCCAGAAGCUGAGCAGCUCACCGUGGUGGGCAAGAUUUCCUUCAACCCCAAGGACGUGCUGGGCCGCGGGGCAGGCGGGACGUUCGUUUUCCGGGGCCAGUUGGAGGGCCGGGCCGUGGCUGUCAAGCGGCUGCUCCGUGAAUGCUUCGGCCUGGUCCGGAGGGAGGUCCAGCUGCUGCAGGAGUCGGACAGGCACCCCAAUGUGCUCCGCUACUUUUGUACCGAGCGGGAACCCCAGUUCCACUAUAUCGCCCUGGAGCUCUGCCAGGCCUCCUUGCAGGAGUACGUGGAAAACCCUGAGCUGGAGCGCUGGGGCCUGGAGCCCGGGGAGGCGCUACAGCAGCUGAUGUCCGGCCUGGCCCACUUGCAUUCCCUACACAUCGUGCACAGGGACCUGAAGCCGGCCAACGUCCUCAUCGCGGGGCCUGACGGCCCUGAGGGCCGAGGCAGGGUGGUGCUCUCAGACUUUGGCCUCUGCAAAAAGCUGCCUGUCGGCCGCUGCAGCUUCAGCCUCCGCUCGGGCAUUCCCGGCACGGAAGGCUGGAUGGCACCCGAGCUCCUACAACUGCUGCCCACCGACAGCCCUACAAGCGCAGUGGACAUCUUCUCUGCAGGCUGCGUGUUCUACUAUGUGCUUUCUGGCGGCAGCCACCCGUUUGGAGAGAGUCUUUACCGCCAGGCCAACAUCCUUGCAGGGGCUCCCAGUCUGGCUCACCUGGAGGAAGAGACCCACGACAAGGUGGUUGCCCGGAACCUGGUUGAGACCAUGCUGAACCCCUUGCCGCAGGCCCGCCCCUCUGCUCACCAGGUGCUGGCCCACCCCUUCUUUUGGAGCAGAGCCAAGCAGCUCCAGUUCUUCCAGGACGUCAGUGACUGGCUGGAGAAGGAGCCUGAGCAAGGGCCCCUGGUGAGGGCGCUGGAGGAGGGAGGCCCCACGGUGGUCCGGUGCAACUGGCACACGCACAUCUCCGUGCCGCUGCAGAUAGAUCUGAGAAGGUUCCGGACGUACAAGGGGACGUCGGUGCGAGACCUGCUCCGUGCAAUGAGGAACAAGAAGCACCACUACAGGGAGCUCCCGGCUGAGGUGCGGCAGGCGCUAGGCCACGUCCCGGACAGUUUCGUCCAGUACUUCACAACCCGCUUCCCGCGGCUGCUGCUCCACACGUACGCGGCCAUGAGGAGCUGUGCCUCUGAAAGUCUCUUCCUGCCCUACUAUCCGCCGGCCUCGAGGCCCAGGGGGCCGUGCCCAGGGGCCGCUGGGAGCUGAGACAAGGAGUUGGGCCCGGGGCCAAGUCUGGCCUCAGCGUCAGAAGAGACGGACAGAGACUUGGCAGCCUGGGGCUUCUGGAGCAAAGAUGUGCCCAGAGCCCAGGCACCCCAGGCACCAGAAGAAAAAGAAGAUUCACGUGUUUAAUGUAUAUAAAGGCAAGGAAAGGACAGUCCCGGAUUCAAGAGCAAUAUUCUGUACAAUUCACAUGGCGGGGUUGAGAGGGAAGGGAAAGAGGCCAUAGAACCCACACCGGAACAUGUACAAAAAUAACUUACACAGCGACACCC